CGAGCGCCCCCGCGUCCUCGGGCCCCGCGUGGGAGCUGCGAACCCGCCCGCCCGCCUCCCGCCGCCCCCGAGCCGCCGCCGCCCGGCGCCAUGUCGCAGAGCGGGACCCCCGGACUGCAGGAGGAGAACCUGCAGGGCUCCUGGGUGGAACUGCACUUCAGCAACGGGAACGGGAGCGGCGUCCCGGCCUCCGUGUCGGUCUAUAACGGCGACCUGGAGAAAAUACUGCUGGACGCCCAGCACGAGUCCGGACGGAGUAGCUCCAAGAGCUCCCACUGCGACAGCCCGCCUCGCUCACAGACCCCGCAGGACACCACCCGAGCUUCGGAACUCGACACGCACAGCAUCGGCGAGAAGAACAGCUCUCAGUCGGAGGAAGAUUAUAUAGAGAGAAGGAAAGAAGUCGAGAGCAUCUUGAAGAAGAACUCGGACUGGAUCUGGGAUUGGUCAAGUCGGCCAGAAAACAUCCCCCCCAAGGAGCUGCUGUUCAAGCACCCGAAGCGCACGGCCACGCUCAGCAUGAGGAACACGAGCGUCAUGAAGAAGGGGGGCAUCUUCUCGGCGGAGUUCCUCAAGGUCUUCCUCCCGUCCCUGCUGCUGUCUCACCUGCUGGCCAUUGGACUGGGGAUCUACAUCGGGAGGCGCCUGACCACCUCCACCAGCACCUUCUGAUGAAGACUCGGAAGCUGGCCUUAGUCCCGUAGCGGGGGUCGGCGCUGUGGGCCGAAGAGCCGCCUGGGGCCGAGCGGAGCGCGUCUCUCGAUCCGGCCGGCUGUUCGGAGAACCGUGCGCUCCUCGUCCGCUAGAAUGACAGACAGGACAGAAAACCCCAACACGCUAAGCUGUAAUCAAACCUACGGGAUCAAUUACUGCGCAUGUGCUGCUGAGGAACAUCUGUAGUAGUCGGGUAGUGAGUUUUGUUCGGGUACCAUAAGUAGCAAAGUGUAAGUAAUUUCAACACACUAGAUACGACGUGUAGUAUUUUAACAAAAAUUAUCUGUAUCCAGUUACUCAGUUAAAAUACUUUAUAUUUGAAAAGAAUGAAUAAUGUUUAUUAAAAUAAGAAUGAAUGUUUAUUAAAAUGACUACAUACGGGGUUUGUCCCAAGUGAAUACUGUGGCCUUACACUCACACUGGUCUAGGAAGCGCUGGGUGUGAGUGGGCAGGUUGUCUUGCUGCAGGCUCGGCCGACCGCCCCUGCCGGUCACACAGCGGGGUCCGGGGAGCAGAUGCCGCCGCCUGCGUCCGCCUCCGACACGAAGCCGCGGGCCCUGCAGCCGCCCCGGACGGUCGCCGCCUGUCCUGGGCACCUGCUCACGUCUUCCCUCUCUUAGCGCCUGGAUUGCUGACUCGAGUCCUUCUCUUUGUGUUCGUUUCUCCUAGAAUCAGCUUCAUUCUAAGCAAACCUCUGUCUGCAAGAGACUGGAAAUAGAAAAAAUAAAUCUCCGCUAAAUCCUUCAGAGAUGACUGUGGUCAUGUAUGGUUUAAAUGAGAUGUUAAAAAACAGUAAAAAAAAAAAUAAAGGUCAGAAAGCUUUCUGAGUAAA